AUGGUUGAAUACUCUCUGGACCUUCAGAACAUCAACCUGUCAGCCAUCCGCACUGUGCGUGUCCUGAGGCCCCUCAAAGCCAUCAACCGUGUACCCAGCAUGCGGAUCCUGGUGAACCUACUGCUCGACACACUGCCCAUGCUGGGAAAUGUGCUCCUGCUCUGUUUCUUUGUCUUCUUCAUCUUCGGCAUCAUUGGCGUGCAGCUCUGGGCAGGCUUGCUGCGGAACCGCUGCUUCCUGGAGGAGAACUUCACCAUACAAGGGGAUGUGGCCCUGCCCCCUUAUUACCAGCCAGAGGAGGAUGACGAGAUGCCCUUUAUCUGCUCCCUGUCGGGGGACAAUGGCAUCAUGGGCUGCCACGAGAUCCCCCCACUGAAGGAGCAGGGCCGAGAAUGCUGCCUGUCCAAAGAUGAUGUAUAUGACUUUGGGGCGGGGCGCCAAGACCUCAACGCCAGUGGUCUCUGCGUCAACUGGAACCGCUACUACAACGUCUGCCGCACAGGCAAUGCCAACCCUCACAAGGGCGCCAUAAACUUUGACAACAUCGGCUAUGCCUGGAUUGUGAUCUUCCAGGUGAUCACUCUGGAAGGCUGGGUGGAGAUCAUGUACUACGUGAUGGAUGCACAUUCUUUCUACAAUUUCAUCUACUUCAUCCUGCUCAUCAUAGUGGGCUCCUUCUUCAUGAUCAACCUGUGCCUCGUUGUCAUAGCGACCCAGUUCUCGGAGACCAAGCAACGGGAGCACCGGCUGAUGCUGGAGCAGCGCCAGCGCUACCUGUCCUCCAGCACGGUGGCCAGUUAUGCCGAGCCUGGUGACUGCUAUGAGGAGAUCUUCCAAUAUGUCUGUCACAUCCUUCGCAAGGCCAAGCGCCGUGCCUUGGGCCUCUACCAGGCCCUGCAGAACCGGCGCCAGGCCAUGGCCCCAGGGACACAGGCCCCUGCUAAGCCUGGGCCCCACUCCAAGGAACCCAGCCACUGCAAGCUGUGCCCACGACACAGUCCCCUGGACCCCACACCCCACACUCUGGUGCAGCCCAUCUCUGCUAUUCUGGCCUCUGACCCAAGCAGCUGCCCACGCUGCCAGCAUGAGGCAGGCAGGCGGCCCUCGGGCAUGGGCAGCAUGGAUUCAGGUCAGGAAGGCUCAGGCUCUGGUGGCUCUGCAGAAGGUGAAGCUGAUGGGGUUGGACCCCAGAGCAGUGAGGAUGGAGCCUCCUCGGGCUUGGAGAAGGAGGAGGAACAGGAGGAUGGGGCGGCUCGACUGUGUGGUGACGUGUGGCGAGAGACACGAGCCAAGCUGCGGGGCAUCGUGGACAGCAAGUACUUCAACAGAGGCAUCAUGAUGGCCAUCCUGGUCAACACUGUCAGCAUGGGCAUUGAGCACCAUGAACAGCCCGAGAAGCUAACCAACAUUCUGGAGAUCUGUAAUGUUGUCUUCACCAGCAUGUUUGCCCUGGAGAUGAUCCUGAAGCUGGCUGCCUUCGGGCUCUUCGACUACCUGCGAAACCCUUACAACAUCUUUGACAGCAUCAUUGUCAUCAUCAGCAUAUGGGAAAUCGUGGGGCAGGCGGAUGGAGGCCUGUCGGUGCUGCGCACCUUCCGGCUGCUGCGGGUGCUGAAGCUGGUGCGCUUCAUGCCGGCGCUGCGGCGCCAGCUCGUGGUGCUCAUGAAGACCAUGGACAACGUAGCCACCUUCUGCAUGCUGCUCAUGCUCUUCAUCUUCAUCUUCAGCAUCCUUGGGAUGCAUAUCUUUGGCUGCAAAUUCAGCCUCCGCACGGACACUGGAGAUACAGUUCCUGACAGGAAGAACUUUGACUCCUUAUUGUGGGCCAUUGUCACAGUGUUCCAGAUCCUCACUCAGGAGGACUGGAAUGUCGUUCUCUACAAUGGCAUGGCCUCCACCACCCCAUGGGCCUCCCUCUACUUUGUUGCCCUCAUGACCUUUGGCAAUUAUGUACUCUUCAAUCUCCUGGUGGCCAUCCUGGUAGAGGGCUUCCAGGCCGAGGGUGAUGCUAAUCGCUCCUACUCUGAUGAGGACCAGAGUUCAUCCAACAUGGAGGAGUUUGACAAGCUCCCAGAGGGCCUGGACAAUAGUGGGGAUCUCAAGCUCUGCCCAAUACCCAUGACACCCAAUGGACACCUGGACCCUAACCUCCCCCUGGGUGGGCAUCUGGGUCCCACUGGUGCCAUGGGCACUGCCCCCCGCCUCUCACUGCAGCCAGACCCGGUACUGGUGGCCCUAGACUCCCGCAAAAGCAGUGUCAUGUCACUGGGCAGGAUGAGCUACGACCAGCGUUCCUUGUCCAGUUCCCGGAGCUCCUACUAUGGGCCCUGGGGCCGCAGCGGGGCCGGGGCCCCCCGCCGCUCCAGCUGGAACAGCCUGAAGCACAAGCUACCCUCAGCUGAGCAUGAGUCUCUGCUUUCCGGGGAGCGUGGUGGCAGUUGCGCCGGGGCCUGUGAGGGAACCCGGGAGGAGGCGCCAGCCCGCAUCGCACCUCUGCAUGCCCCGCAUGCCCACCACGCACACCAUGGACCCCACCUUGCGCACCGUCACCGCCACCACCGCCGGACGCUGUCCCUCGACACCAGGGACUCAGUGGACCUGGCAGAGCUGGUGCCUGUGGUGGGUGCACACUCGCGGACUGUUUGGAGGGCCCCGGGACAGGCUCCCGGGCAUGAGGAUUGCAAUGGCAGAAUGCCUAACAUCGCCAAAGAUGUCUUCACCAAGAUGGAUGACCGCCGUGACCGUGGGGAGGACGAGGAGGAGAUCGACUACACCCUGUGCUUCCGCGUCCGCAAGAUGAUCGAUGUCUACAAGCCUGACUGGUGCGAGGUCCGUGAGGACUGGUCGGUCUACCUCUUCUCCCCGGAGAACAAGUUCCGGAUCCUGUGUCAGACUAUCAUUGCUCACAAGCUCUUCGACUAUGUGGUCUUGGCCUUCAUCUUCCUCAACUGUAUCACCAUUGCUCUGGAGAGGCCCCAGAUUGAAGCUGGCAGCACUGAGCGCAUCUUCCUCACGGUGUCUAACUACAUCUUCACAGCCAUCUUCGUGGGCGAGAUGACACUGAAGGUGGUUUCUCUGGGCCUGUACUUCGGUGAGCAGGCAUACUUACGAAGCAGCUGGAACGUACUGGAUGGCUUCCUGGUCUUUGUGUCCAUCAUUGAUAUAGUGGUAUCUGUGGCCUCCGCCGGUGGAGCCAAGAUUCUGGGGGUCCUCCGGGUCCUGCGGCUCCUACGCACCUUACGCCCCUUGAGGGUCAUUAGCCGGGCCCCUGGCUUGAAGCUGGUGGUGGAGACACUCAUCUCCUCCCUUAAGCCCAUCGGCAACAUUGUGCUCAUCUGCUGUGCCUUUUUCAUCAUCUUUGGCAUCCUGGGGGUGCAGCUUUUCAAGGGAAAGUUCUAUCAUUGUCUGGGAGUGGACACCCGAAACAUCACCAACAGAUCUGACUGUGUGGCUGCCAACUAUCGCUGGGUGCAUCACAAAUACAACUUUGACAACCUGGGCCAGGCUCUGAUGUCCCUCUUUGUCUUGGCCUCCAAGGAUGGCUGGGUGAACAUCAUGUAUAACGGACUGGAUGCUGUUGCUGUGGACCAGCAGCCUGUGACCAACCACAACCCCUGGAUGCUGCUGUACUUCAUCUCCUUCCUGCUCAUCGUCAGCUUCUUUGUGCUCAACAUGUUUGUGGGAGUGGUUGUGGAGAACUUCCACAAGUGCCGGCAGCACCAGGAGGCUGAGGAGGCCCGGAGGCGCGAGGAGAAGCGGCUGCGGCGACUGGAGAAGAAGCGCCGCAAGGCCCAGAGGCUGCCCUACUAUGCCACCUACUGUCCCACAAGGCUGCUCAUUCACUCCAUGUGCACCAGCCACUAUCUGGACAUCUUCAUCACCUUCAUCAUCUGUCUCAAUGUGGUCACCAUGUCCCUGGAGCACUACAACCAGCCUACAUCCCUAGAGACAGCCCUCAAAUACUGCAACUACAUGUUUACCACUGUCUUUGUGCUGGAGGCUGUGCUGAAGCUGGUGGCAUUUGGCCUGAGGCGUUUCUUCAAGGACAGAUGGAACCAGCUGGACCUGGCCAUUGUGCUGCUGUCUGUCAUGGGCAUUACACUGGAGGAGAUUGAAAUCAAUGCCGCUCUGCCCAUCAACCCCACCAUCAUCCGGAUCAUGCGUGUUCUGCGUAUCGCCCGGGUGUUGAAGCUGUUGAAGAUGGCCACGGGAAUGCGGGCCCUGCUGGACACGGUGGUGCAGGCUCUGCCCCAGGUGGGCAACCUGGGCCUCCUCUUCAUGCUGCUCUUCUUCAUCUAUGCUGCCCUGGGAGUGGAGCUCUUUGGAAAGCUGGUCUGCAAUGAUGAGAACCCGUGUGAGGGCAUGAGCCGGCACGCUACCUUUGAGAACUUCGGCAUGGCCUUCCUCACGCUCUUCCAGGUCUCCACAGGCGAUAACUGGAAUGGAAUCAUGAAG